ACUCUCUCUGGUGCUGUACCUCGACAGUUCACUCUGAGCCUCCGACUCUCGUCAUCUGGACGUGGAUCUCUAGGGGAAAAAACGUGUGAGGAGAAAACUUCUUGCCACUGUUAUACUCCCCAGCGCUGACCUCCGUCUGCGAUACGUCAUCACGGUGAGGUGAAUAGUAGUAUGAAGCAGAAGCUGCUAGCCAUGGGGCGAACGCUUUGCCCCUCGUCCCGUGCAGAAUCCGACCUGGAUCUGAAGGCUCCAGCGGGUGCCGCUUCAGGUCCACAGGGCCAGGAAGAAAAGAUGGUCAUGAGGAGGGAAAUCUCUCUGGCCAACGGCAUCUGCCUCAUCGUGGGUAACAUGAUCGGCUCGGGCAUCUUUGUGUCCCCCAAGGGCGUGUUGCUCUACAGCACCUCCUACGGGCUGUCCUUGGUCAUCUGGGCUCUCGGGGGCAUGUUCUCCGUUUUCGGUGCUCUGUGCUACGCCGAGUUGGGGACCACCAUCACCAAGUCUGGUGCCAGCUACGCCUACAUCCUGGAGGCGUUCGGCGGGUUCCUGGCCUUCAUCCGGCUGUGGACCUCCAUCCUGCUGGUUGAGCCUGCCAGCCAGGCUGUCAUCUCCUUGACUUUCGCCAACUACCUGGUAGAAGCUCUGUACCCAACCUGUCAGCCGCCGUAUGACGCCGUCAGACUCAUCGCUGCAGCUUGUCUCUGUAUGUUGAUCUUUAUAAACUGCGCCUAUGUGAAGUGGGGCACUCUGGUUCAGGAUAUCUUCACGUACACCAAGAUCAUGUCCCUCAUCCUCAUCAUUACAAUCGGCGUCAUAAAGAUAGUUACAGGAGAAACUAAAAACUUCGAUAGUCCGUUUGAAGGUUCCUCCAUGGAAGCUGGCAGCAUUGCACUGGCUCUCUACUCAGCCUUGUUCUCCUACUCCGGCUGGGACACACUCAACUUCGUCACUGAGGAGAUUGUGAACCCAGAAAGGAAUCUGCCUCUAGCCAUUGCCAUCUCUAUGCCAAUAGUAACCAUCAUCUACCUGCUGACAAAUGUGGCGUACUAUGUAGUGCUGGACAUACCUUCAUUUAUGGCUAGUGAUGCGGUUGCAGUGACAUUUGGGAAUCAGGUGCUGGGGCCCAUGAGCUGGAUCGUUCCCAUAGCUGUGGCUAUGUCCUGUUAUGGAGGACUGAAUGCCUCCAUCAUCGCUGCCUCAAGGUUGUUCUUUGUGGGGGCGAGAGAGGGUCACCUACCAGACAGUCUAAGUCUGAUCCAUGCUACCCGCUACACACCUGUUCCUGCACUUCUCUUUAAUGGCAUGAUGGGGCUGAUCUUCUUGUGUGUGGAGGACGUGUUCCAACUCAUCAACUACUUCAGCUUCAGCUACUGGCUGUACGUGGGCCUGUCUGUGGCCGGUCUCAUCUACCUUCGCUACACACAGCCAGACAGACACAGGCCUGUGAAGCUUACUCUGCUCUUUCCGUUCAUCUAUUGCGUGUGCAGCCUGUUCUUAAUCAUCGUGCCCCUCUACAGUGACACAGUCAAUUCCCUCAUAGGGAUAGCUAUCGCACUGUCUGGUGUGCCAGUGUACUACUUGUGUAUUUACCUACCAGACGAAAAGAGGCCAAGAUGGGUCAGUCGACUAAAUGCCGCAGUCACCAAAUACACUCAGAUCAUGUGCUGCUGCUGCCUGACUGACCUGGUGGUAGAUGCAGAGAACCUGGCGGAGAGCAAGACCCAGUAAUCUCAACACGACAGAGAUUUUAGACUUUUGAUAUCAAAGAUAUUAGAAUGGUUUUGAGCUUCCAGAGGUGGACGUGAACAUUGGCACCGUGUUGCCGUCUCUCUGGCUGCUUGUGAAGGAACGAUUUUAUUGUUCUUGUCCAGUGGGAUACUGUGGGAUUUUUGCAUAUUUGUCAUUUUGUUCUCCAAUUUCUCAUUUGCACAUUUAGCUGGUAUUUCAGAAUAUUGAGCAAUGAGUCAUAUUUUUUUAUGACUCAGAAUGUGCGCAGAAAAUAUCACGUCUCUUUGUUUCAAGGCUUGAAUGCAGCUCUUGGUGUGACGCCGCCAGACCAAAGAGGGACGGUGCUUGGUAACAAAGGCUUUGAGUUAUUUUAACCCUUACUGUUCUUAAUAUAUCCUAAACAUGUACAUGUCUCACACAUCAGUCGCCUUCUUUCAGUACUGUAAAGAGAAGCAGAGAGAAUGGAAUGUUUUCAUCCUUUCAAGAUCUUUUUGUAACAAUAAUGAAUUUAUGGCUUGUUAUGAUCAAGUUAUGGUUUUCUACUAUGUGACUUUAGCACUUUUGAUAAAGGUUUCUUCAAAUCUGU